CUGGACGCGAUUCUGCCGUUCAGCUGCCGCGCUGAAAAGCGGAAUCGCCAGAAAGACCCUGCGUUUCUGGACGCGGUGCCAGAACAGUACCGCCAGGCGAUCAGAGAUCAUAUCGCCAGCGAGCGCAAGAAACCAAAAAAGGAAUAUGUGAAGGCCGAGAAGAAGGAUGACGACGAGGACAAGAAGGAUGUGAAGCAGGAGGUGAAGGUGACGCAGGAGGUGACGCAUGAGCAGCCAGAGCUGGCAUCGUCUGCUUCUGCGGCACCGCCUGCUGGUGUGGAGCGGACAUGCCCCGCUGCCAUGAGCAUCAACAGCUUCGGCGUGUUGACGAAGACGGACCUCGGCCCCCGCGCCGCCCUCGGUGCGUGGAGGGAGGAGCCAGACGAGACAGCGGUCGCAUCGGUCGCCGCCGCAGCCUCUGCCAGGAAGGUGGAGGAGAAUCUGGAGACGUCAUCCACGAUGGUCGUCUUCAAGUCGUGGGGUUACCACAAGGUCCGCAAGGGCAUGAAGAAGGAGGUCUUCUCACACGACACCGCCACGGGCAUGGCGCGCGAGUGGUACCGCAAGCUCAAGACCAUGUGG